AUGGUUUGCGUGCGUGUUUAUGUGUUUGUUUGUUUGUUUUCUUUUUAUUUAUUUUUGGUUUGGCUUCUAGUUUCUUUUUUCAUUUAUUUUUAUUUUAUUUAUUUAUUUUUUUUUUUUUUUGUAGGAGCAUUUUUUUUUUUACUUCACGCAUCGAUGGCUGCGCAGGCAUCGGGAAGGGUACUGCGUCUUCUCCCAGUUACCGACUCCCACUGCCAUGUGAGGACGGCGGCCUCAUUUCCAGAGGAGACACCGACAGACGAUGCAAAAAAGCUCCCAUUCAUGUGCCACAUAGUGCGCGCUGUGGUGUGCGGCACGCACCCCGAUGUUGACUGGGACACCGUGGCGGCAUCCGUGGCGGUGGCUCACUCGUCGCAGUUGCGAAUGUCUCCGACUUUUGACACCACGACGGAACCGACAGCAUCGCCUACGGUCAUCCCAGGGUUUGGCAUUCACCCGUGGUUCGUGCCCAAUGACCCUGCCUGCAUGGUGGCGGAUUCAGCGGUUGCUCCGGAAGGCACCGAUGCUGCCGUGGGGUGCCCGCACGACAAGAAAGAAGGCGAACGGAGCGCGGAGGAACUUUUAUGUUUACUUGAAGCCGCAUUGAAACGUCAUCCAAGUGCCAUAGUGGGGGAGAUUGGACUGGACAAACUGCGGGGACCACCGGAGUCGGCGCAACUCCCGCUCUUCGUGGCGCAGUUGAAGUUGGCGGCGAAAUAUGGCCGCCCCGUUUCUGUGCAUUGCGUGCGCAGCUUUGGGAGGAUGCUGCAGACACUGCAGGAGCUUCCCGCCGAGGACACGCCGCCCGCCAUUGUGCUGCACGGAUUUACCGGCUCCAUGGACUUUGCGCGGUCGGCGAUGAUGAUACGAAAGCGACGGCCAACUUCAACGGGUGGGGGUCAGUUGGCGACGAAGAGGGAGCCGCUCCGCAUAUUUUUUGGCGUGGGUGCCAGCACGAGUUUACGGGUGAAGGAUUUUGCGGAGAAGACGCUGCCGUUUCUCUUGCGGGAGAGACGGAUGCUGCUGGAGACGGAUGCUUACCACACACUGCUGCUGCCGCCGCCACCGCAACGUGACAGCUACGGGGUGGCGGCACAAAGUCCAGCACGAGAGAUGCGAAGCGGUGAGGGCGGCACGAUGUCUACGAAGUGGACUGCGUCUCUGACAGCGGCAGCGGGUUGCGAGUUGGUUUGGAAUGCGGCAAGUUGUGAGCAGCUGGCACAUCUGAUAACGCAGGUGUGUGGAUAUAAUGGCGGUGACGGUGAUAUCUCCAUGGUGGAGGGGCUGUUGAGUGAGUCUGAGGAGGCCUACACAAAAGUCUUUAUUGCUUCCACUCCCAUUCCUGCGGUAGCGACACAAUAG